GACUGUGCGCAUGCGCAGAGCCCUUUGCCACAUCUGUCACAUCUUUUGUUAGUAACGUUACAGAUUCAAACAGGAGCUCAGCUAAACGUUACGGACGUAUUCCCUCAAUAUGACAUCACGGGUUGGUCUUAGAGCUGCUGGCACCAAUGGAAGUGACUUCAAACACAGAGAGAGGGUAGCUCCGCAUUACCAAAUGAGUGCUGCCCUAAAGUCAGAGGUGAGGAAGUUAAACCUGGUCCACCUUCUCCUCUGGCUGCUGGUGGCUGCACAGGUGACUGUCAGCCACUUCGACCUGGUGUCACACGACACAGUGUCCAUGCCGUACCAGUGGGAGUAUCCCUACCUGCUCAGCGUCCUCCCUCUGCUCUGCAGUGGCUUGUCACUUCCAAAGAACAAUAUCAGUUACCUGGUCAUAUCUAUGAUCAGCGCAGGGCUGUUCUCUGUGGCACCUCUGAUUUAUGGAGGAAUGGAGAUGUUUCCUGUAGCGCAGCAGCUCUACCGCCAUGGAAAGGCCUACCGCUUCAUUUUUGGCUUCUCUGCAGUGACAGUUAUGUACCUGAUCAUGGUGGUUGCUGUUCAAGUGCACGCCUGGCAGUUAUAUUACAUGAAGAAGCUGUUAGACUCAUGGUUUGACGGCACUCAGGAGAAGAAGAAGAAAUAAUGCAGUGAAGAAACCUGUGACUGGGCAAAACUGCUUUAUCUUAAUUUAUACAUACAGUACGUUAUGCAUCUUAUUAUCUCAUUGAUGUAUAUUUGUUCAGUCAUCAUCAUGUAACUCAUACCUUAAAUACCAGUGUUCUCUGACACAGAUAUAUUAACAGAGUGAGGUGUACAAUUUAUGCAGGAACCUGGAUUUUUUUACAUCAUUAUUUAUUUAAUCAUGAGUGGCAUCAAAGUAACAUCCAUUAACAUUGCAUUGCAUUAAAACAUGUUCCCUCUUCAUCACUGGGUCUAGAAUGCAGUUUUUCUCCAAACAGAGAAGUAAGUAAUUUGAGAUAAAGACAUCAUUGCCAUCUCUCUAAAAAUAGAGAUGUAGAGGUGUUUAUAAAAGUACAACAGUGAAGGCAUGAACUGUUCUAACAUAUACAUUUUGCUUAGAAAUCACUACAGUCUUUAAUGAACUAGAUUGUUUGCUUGCAGUUUAGUGUCCCAAAUAGCCACGCCAAGAACUGCUGUUGGGUUGGGGUUAGGCAUUUGACCAUGAGCGGUUAAGGUUAGGAUAACUGAUUGGUCAAGGGAUAGGACCUGUACAAAUGGGGUUACAUUACAGGGAAUUUGGGACACUAAACUGCACGUAUAUACCAAACUAGGUUUACCUUAGCUACAGAUAUGAUGCUGUCUCCUACAUUAAAACUUUUCCUCUCACAAUUUUUUCUCAGAAUGCAUUCAAGCCAUUAAGAAAGGUGGUGAUCAACACAUCUGCCUGUAUUGUUAUGUUUUCAAGUAUUCUCAUUAAGCGUCAGAAGCCCGCUCAUUACGCCUGUGUACACGAAUGAAAUAAAUGCCCUGUCAACCAAAUAAAAAUCAAAUGGAUGCUC